AUGGGUUCCGUGACUGACGCCACCGCGGACCACGACGCACAGCACCCCUCGGGUUCUAGGAGGUAUGUUGAUGGUGGACUUGUGCCAGACGUCGAACAGUACGGAGAUAAUCCUGUUGUCAUCAAACUCAGCGAUGAGGAGCUACACUCCGGCCAGACUCGUCCAGAAACACUCCAGCAGCUGCUCACAUACUUCCACCGGGAUGGCUUCGUGGUUCUCGAGAAUGCUAUUCCAUUAGACUUGGUGGACAAGCUGUAUGACCAGAUGGUCCGUGAGACAGAGAUCUAUCAGUCAAAGUCGUUCCUGCAGUACAAUCAAGGCCGAGCAACGAAGAACAUCUCCCAAGUGCCGCCACUAAACAAGGAAUUCUUCCUGCGAGAGUUCUAUGCAAAUGUGCAUAUGAUGAGAGUUCUGGAGAACCUUCUGGGGCCGCCCGGAAUUGAGGUUCAUCAACAGUAA